AUUUCAUUCAUCAAUUUUCAUUCAGCUGAAGUAGACAGACGUGGUCGUGAUUUUUGAAGGUGAUUUUCUAUUAUUCUAAAAAGUGUAAAAAUUGUUUCAAGUUUGAUUGAUUGAUAAAAUUUCACGGUUAUUAUAAUAAAAACAAGAUGUCUCGCUAUCGGGAAUGGGAUCUGUCUUGCAAGGUUUACGUAGGUAACCUCGGCACGAACGCCUCAAAGUAUGAAAUUGAGAAAGUAUUUUCUAAAUAUGGGAGUAUCAGGAACGUGUGGGUGGCUCGGAAUCCUCCCGGUUUUGCGUUUGUAGAAUUUGAAGAUCCACGCGAUGCUGAAGAUGCAGUUCGAGGAUUAGAUGGCACACGUUGCUGUGGAACCAGAAUUCGUGUUGAAAUGUCCAAUGGGAGAACACGACGAGAUCGCAGGUCCAUUUUAUCAACCAACCACCAACACACCAACGACCUCACCACAUCUCUUCACCACAACUACGGCUUCUUGCCCAAUAAGACAUCCGCGACCGUCGCUCGCAACUACAUCCCGCUCUGCGAACGGCUCACCAAACUACUGCGCGCAACUGAAGCCUUCACCAACUGCGUCCCCUCAGUCCUCCUAACAGCUAUCACCUAAUCCUGAGCCCUGAAUAAACCUGGACCUAACUAUCGGGAGCCACAGUAGGCACCUACAUCCUGCAUCAUUGCAAACUCCUGAAGCUUCGCGACUGCACACUCGCGCCGACACCGGGGCUCCGAAUACUCAACUUGUGACUACAACCACCCGCAAUUCGCUCGCGAAACUUCCGGUUAAAGCCAUCAUUUGAAGAUCACAUUGAAACUUGCUCCGCCUCGGUAUACAAACCCCCUUCGGCCUCACAGCAGCCUCACAUCGUCGACGACCUACAAGGCUCACCAAGUCUCGGUACUUUUUGAAUCCUUUACUUAGCACUGCCUUACCUUAAUACCUGUAUUCUAGUACUAGCGAAAAAAAGGCGUUUGGAGCAAAAUAAUGUAUUUAAACAGAUUAAUACCAGAUGAAUUUUGUUUGUACUAUUUGAAUAAUGAGUUGUUAAAGUUUACUGUAGGUUCCAGUUUAUGUAGUUAUUUGAUAUUGUGCCUCCUUUACACAUCCCAAGAAAUAUAGUAAAAACUGAAUGACAAAAUUUUAUUUGAAGGACAACAUUUUUACUGAACCAAUGAAGUGCUACUAAAUAAGUUAAAAUAUAAUGGCGUAAGAUUAAAAUUGGCGUCCAUAAAAUACGUACGUUAAAAUGGUGGAGGAUUUUUUGAUAAUAAUUGAAGAGUGAAUGAAAUAGUAAAAUUGAUUGCUGGGUUUCCUAUAAAAUUUUAUAUCUCACCAACUUUGAUAGAGUACGAGCAUCAAAACACUAACGUUGAAGUGAAAUGGACCUUAACUGCCCCAUACAUUAACAGCCAGAGCUCCAAGCUAAAACUAAAAUCCGUGAUACUGAACUUUUGACGUCAAACCAAUUACCGUUUUCAUUUUACUCUGACGUUAUUGUGUAUCGACGCUCGAAUUCUUUCAAAAUUAGUGAGAUGUAAAAUACUGAUACAUGGGAAUGAACUUAUUUGAAAUGAAUUUGUUUGGAGCAUGAAUG